AUGGCGUCUAUCGAAUUCCUGGUUUUCAUUUACCUUUAAAUAACCUACCUCGAGCCACUGAUCUAAGAUCAGUGACCUCGAGCAAACAGACGAGCAGAGCGAGUUUUUAGACGAGAAAUCCCAGAUGAAAACAUCUUGCAGUACUAUUCCGACAGCGAUUUGCGAGCACGGUAUCGUUUCGGUAGAGAAGCAAUUUUGAACAUCGUCCGCCUUAUUGAAGAGGAAAUACGUCCUGCAACGAACCGAAGCUUUCCAAUUUCGGCAACAAAUCAAGUGUUGAUAACAUUAAGAUUUUUGGCAACAGGCAGUUUCUUGCAAGUUACAGGAGACACGAUCGCUGGGGCAGAUAAGUCUACCGUUAGUCGUAUUGUUCGUCGAGUAACUUUGGCAAUCGCUCGUAAACUUGAUGAUUUCGUGAAAUUCCCGGGAACACAACACGAGAAAGCCCUCAUCAAACAAGGGUUUUACGACCUUGGAGGUUUUCCAUGCGUUAUCGGAUGUGUUGACGGGUCCCAUAUUAGGAUCGUAGCUCCAUCAGCAAACGAGUGCAAUUUCGUCAACAGGAAAGGAUAUCAUAGCAUAAACAUACAAGGGAUCUGUGACCACAAAGGUUUGUUUAUAUCAAAGCAGGAUAAUUUAAUACUAGUGUGAAACGCACCACAUUCGUUCACACUAUUCUAGCACAAUAUUCAGCAUCAGCAAAAAUUCCUUAGAUUUUGUAAAAUUUCCUUAAAUGUGUCUGGGGAGGGUUGAAAUCAUGGGAGAGGGGGGAGUUUGGUGUUUGUUUUUUUGGGGGGUCACCAGAGUUUGAGAAGUAAUUUUUUUGGGGGGGCUCAUGGAAGCAGAAAGCUUUAGUUCUGUGACAAUGUUUUGACCUCCAACAUACCCAGUAAAUGUUAUGCCGAAAAUAGGCUCUUACUUGUUUUUACUUUUUAGCCCCUUUUUUGAACCAAAAUUUCCAACAAUUUGCCAAUUUUCCAGAAAUGUGAGCGGGACAGUUGCCCACCACCCCCACCAAACUUGUUGUAAAUAUAGGCCUAGAGGCCUGCUAGCUUUUUCUCAUUGAGCUUUAAUUGCAUAUGGUACUAUAGGGAAAUUUCUCAAUGUUGUUGCAAAAUGGCCUGGUGCAACCCAUGACAGUCAUAUCUUCAGAACAUCAGCAAUUGGGCUGGCACUAGAAGGAACAACAUUGGAUGAUGGUGUUCUUCUUGGUGAUAGUGGGUAUCCAUGUUUACCAUAUCUUAUGACACCAUACAACAACCCCAUCACCGUACAGCAACGGCGAUUUAAUCGAGCACAAAAAUGCACAAGAUCUUCGAUUGAAAGAGCUUUUGGCAUCUUAAAAAGAAGAUUUCAUCUCUUGCAUUCAGAGAUUCGAAUGGCCCCAAACAGAGUUUGCACUCUUGUUGCUGCAUGUUGCGUGCUUCACAAUAUUGCCAUUGAUUACAAUGAACCAAUGGGGUAUCAUGACGAGGAUGAAGACCAAGUAGACCUUGGCAAUAACUAUCAAGGUGCAAAUAGGGGAGAUGCUGUCAGAAGCCAUAUUACAAACACAUAUUUUUAA